GAGCUUUCUUGGUCGCGACUCUCUUUUCUAUCUCCCUGUCUCUUUGAUUGUGCGAUACGAAAGAAAAAUGGAACCCCCGUAAACCAGGCAUCUCGUAGGCACCCGCCGAAGAAACAGGCAAGGGACGUGGGGUCCUUUGCUCGCGCCGAAAUUCAAAGAAAUAAAUAGUUCCGGCGCUGGUUCUGGACGCGGGCGAGUGCUGCUGCGGCUAUGGUGGAAUUUGCUUCCUAGCGCCCGGGGUUGGGCAGCGUUGUGGGCUCUCCGCCCCGGUGACCAGGGCCUUUCUUGUGAGCCUCAGGCCCGGGCAGCUUGGCGCGGCGGGGAGGCAGAACUCCUGUGACCUGUUUGAUUCUUAGUAGAAACUGACUUAUCCGGCCCAGUAGGAAAAAUGCAUAUUAAGUCAAUCAUUCUUGAAGGAUUCAAGUCCUACGCUCAGAGGACUGAAGUCAAUGGUUUUGACCCCCUCUUCAAUGCCAUCACUGGUUUAAAUGGUAGUGGAAAAUCCAACAUAUUGGACUCCAUCUGCUUUUUGCUGGGUAUCUCUAAUCUGUCACAGGUUCGUGCCUCUAAUUUACAAGAUUUAGUUUACAAAAAUGGGCAAGCUGGUAUUACCAAAGCCUCAGUGUCAAUCACUUUUGAUAAUUCUGACAAAAAGCAAAGUCCUUUAGGAUUUGAAGUUCAUGAUGAAAUUACAGUAACAAGGCAGGUGGUUAUUGGUGGCAGAAAUAAAUAUUUAAUCAAUGGAGUAAAUGCAAACAAUACCAGAGUACAGGAUCUGUUCUGUUCUGUUGGCCUUAAUGUUAACAACCCACACUUUCUCAUCAUGCAGGGCCGAAUUACAAAAGUAUUGAAUAUGAAACCUCCAGAGAUUUUGUCCAUGAUAGAAGAAGCGGCUGGAACCAGGAUGUAUGAAUACAAAAUAGCUGCCCAGAAAACUAUAGAAAAAAAGGAGGCUAAGCUUAAAGAAAUUAAGACGAUACUUGAAGAAGAGAUUACACCAACCAUUCAAAAAUUAAAAGAGGAAAGAUCUUCCUACCUGGAAUACCAAAAAGUAAUGAGGGAGAUAGAACAUUUGAGUCGUUUAUAUAUUGCUUAUCAGUUUUUGCUGGCUGAAGAUACCAAAGAACGCUCAGCUGAGGAGUUUAAAGAAAUGCACGAUAUUGUAAAGCUUCAAGAAGAAUUAUCUGAGAAUGAUAAAAAAAAAGCUCUCAGUCAUGAAAUAGAAGAUUUGGAAAAAAGAAAGAUAAAGGAAAUUGGAGGAAUACUACGCUCUUUAGAAGAUGCUCUUGCAGAAGCUCAGCGAGUUAAUACUAAAUCUCAAAGUGCCUUUGAUCUUAAGAAGAAAAAUCUGGAAAGUGAAGAACAACGUAAAGAACUAGAGAAAAACAUGGUCGAGGAUUCUAAAACUUUAGCAGCAAAGGAAAAAGAGGUUAAAAAGAUAACAGAUGGAUUGAGCGCCCUUCAAGAAGCAAACAAUAAAGAUGCUGAAGCUUUGGCUGCUGCACAGCAGCAUUUUAAUGCUGUUUCCGCUGGCCUCUCCAGUAAUGAAGAUGGAGCAGAAGCGACUCUUGCUGGUCAAAUGAUGGCCUGUAAAAAUGACAUAAGUAAAGCUCAAACAGAAGCUAAACAGGCUCAGAUGAAGUUGAAACAUGCCCAACAAGAAUUAAAGACUAAACAAGCUGAAGUAAAGAAGAUGGAUAGUGGCUAUAAGAAGGAUCAAGAUGCUUUAGAGGCAGUGAGGAAACUUAAAGACAAACUCGAAGCUGAAAUGAAAAAGCUAAAUUAUGAAGAAAACAAGGAGGAAAACCUUUUGGAAAGGCGCAGGCGGUUGUCUCGUGAUAUCAGUAGAUUGAAGGAAACAUACGAAGCUCUCUUGGCCAGAUUUCCCAACCUUCGAUUUGCAUACAGGGAUCCAGAGAAGAACUGGAAUAGAAAUUGUGUGAAAGGACUGGUAGCUUCCCUGAUAAGUGUGAAAGACACUUCUGCAACCACAGCUUUAGAAUUGGUAGCAGGGGAGCGGCUUUACAAUGUUGUAGUAGAUACAGAGGUUACUGGAAAAAAACUACUAGAAAAAGGGGAAUUGAAGCGUCGAUAUACUAUAAUUCCACUCAAUAAAAUUUCAGCCAGAUGUAUUGCUCCAGAAACUCUGAGAGUUGCUCAGAAUCUUGUUGGCCCUAACAAUGUUCAUGUGGCUCUAUCCCUGGUUGACUACAAACCAGAACUUCAGAAAGCAAUGGAAUUUGUCUUUGGAACAACAUUUGUUUGUGACAGUAUGGACAAUGCAAAAAAAGUGGCUUUUGAUAAAAGGAUAAUGACUAGAACUGUAACUCUAGGAGGUGACAUAUUUGAUCCUCAUGGGACAUUAAGUGGAGGUGCUCGAUCUCAGGCAGCUUCUAUUUUAACCAAGUUUCAAGAACUCAAAGAAGUUCAAGAUGAGCUGAGAAGCAAGGAGAAUGAACUACAGUCUCUAGAAGAGGAAUUAGCAGGUCUUAAAAACACUGCAGAGAGAUACCGCCAACUGAAGCAGCAAUGGGAGAUGAAAACUGAGGAGGCAGAUUUAUUACAAACGAAGCUCCAGCAAAGCUCUUAUCACAAGCAACAAGAAGAAUUAGAUGCUCUUAAAAAAAUUAUUGAGGAAAGUGAGGAGACAUUGAAAAACACCAAAGAAAUUCAAAAAAAGGCAGAAGAAAAAUACGAAGUAUUGGAGAAUAAAAUGAAAAAUGCAGAAGCUGAGAGAGAGAAAGAACUAAAAGAUGCUCAGAAAAAGCUUGAUUGUGCCAAAACAAAAGCAGAUGCUUCUAGCAAGAAAAUGAAAGAAAAGCAACAGGAAGUUGAAGCUAUCACUCUGGAGCUAGAAGAGCUCAAGCGAGAGCAUGUGUCCUAUAAACAACAACUUGAAGCUGUAAAUGAAGCCAUCAAAUCCUAUGAAGGUCAGAUUGAAGUAAUGGCUGCUGAGGUGGCUAAAAAUAAGGAAUUAGUAAAUAAAGCUCAAGAAGAGGUGACCAAGCAAAAAGAAGGAAUAACAGCCCAAGAUAACGUGAUUAAGCUAAAUAUACAGAAGUGGCAAAACAUAAAGAGCAAAACAAUGACACAGCUUAAAAUUAAGGAACUGGACCACAACAUUAGCAGACAUAAGCGGGAAGCUGAGGAUGCUGCUGCAAAGGUAUCCAAAAUGUUGAAAGAUUAUGACUGGAUUAAUGCUGAGAAACACCUCUUUGGCCAACCGAAUAGUGCCUAUGAUUUCAAAACUAACAACCCCAAAGAAGCAGGUCAGAGGCUUCAGAAGUUGCAAGAAAUGAAGGAGAAACUAGGACGAAAUGUCAACAUGAGAGCAAUGAAUGUACUGACUGAAGCUGAAGAGCGGUAUAAUGACUUGAUGAAGAAGAAGAGAAUUGUGGAAAACGACAAAUCCAAAAUCCUUGCAACUAUUGAAGACCUUGACCAGAAGAAAAACCAAGCCCUAAAUAUUGCUUGGCAAAAGGUGAACAAAGACUUUGGUUCUAUUUUUUCUACCCUUCUGCCUGGUGCUAAUGCUAUGCUUGCACCACCAGAGGGGCAAACUGUCUUGGAUGGUCUGGAGUUCAAGGUUGCCUUAGGAAACACUUGGAAAGAAAAUCUAACUGAACUCAGUGGUGGCCAGAGGUCUUUGGUGGCUUUGUCAUUAAUAUUAUCUAUGCUCCUCUUCAAACCUGCUCCAAUUUACAUCCUGGAUGAGGUAGAUGCAGCCUUGGAUCUUUCUCAUACCCAAAAUAUUGGACAGAUGCUGCGUACUCAUUUCACACAUUCUCAGUUCAUUGUGGUAUCCCUUAAAGAAGGAAUGUUCAACAAUGCGAACGUCCUUUUUAAAACCAAGUUUGUGGAUGGUGUUUCUACAGUAGCUAGGUUUACGCAAUCUCAAAAUGGAAAGGUUCCAAAGGAAACAAAAUCAAAGGCAAAAGGACCCAAGUGAUCACAUAUGGAAGCUUCAAGACUAAAUGGACCAAAAAUGCACUGUGCUGAUAACCGCAGCCCACGCUAUUCCCCGGUGGGUUACUGCUCAAAAAUUCCUAUGGUAAAAUGUGAAUUCAGGAAAGUCUGGGUAACAGAGUACCACGAUCAACAAGUCACUGUAAGGCCCCUCAUUCUUCGCCCUGCCUCAGUUACUCCCCUCUUGCCUUCUUCCUGCAUCUGCAAGACAUUUCCCCCAUCCCCAAACCACAUUUCUACCCCAAAGACCUCUCCCUACCCACUCCCAGGUCCAUCUGCUUCUAGUACGACAGUCCAGGCUGACCCUUGA